AUGGUUCAAGCCAUGUUCAGGCUACUACAAGUAGUUUCUUCUUUGUUUUUACUACAAGCUAUUAUAUAUACUCGUACUUCUACUCUGGCUCAAAUCAGUAUUACUCUGCCUAGCAUUGCUACCAUUAUUUCGAUCAGCAUCCCUCCACUUACAAUCCCUCCGACUACUCUGCCUCCAACUACCACCACUACUAUUACCACUACUACUACCACUCUGUCUUCAGCAGUCACCACUUCAGUCACUACAUCCUCUUCAUCCAUCGAGUCUGUUACUCCUACCACCACUUUAAGAGGAAGAAAGACUACUGAGGAUGCAAACACCGUGAUAGCUGAUCCCACUGCAACCAGUGCCGCCUCUGAUAAAAGUAGUGCCAGUAAUUCUAGCCACUCCACAACCAUUGUUGUCGUUAGUGUUGUUGCCUGUGUCAUUGUAUUUUCUAUUAUUGGUCUAUUACUUUUCCGUCACUUUGCACAAAGGUGUUCCAUUUAUGCGAAUACUGUUCGUCGUUCGCAAGGACUUUCUCUCGAUGAAAUUUCUGGUGGUAACAAUGGUACCACAUUUCCUGCUGCCGAUGUUCUGCGAGCUGAUGCUGCUAAUUUUCGCCCUGCAGUUACUUCUAAUCCUAGACCAGCUCAAGGAAACAAUGCCAACGUUGCACAUAAUUUACCAUCUCCAAUAAGUCCACUGGGUGGUGCUUUACACAGCAGUUUGCCUCCCAAUGAGCAGCAGCGACUACAGAUGCAGCAGCUUCAGCAACAUCAAGAAUAUGAUCCGCGUAAUUUAAACCAAUAUCCUCCUGGUACUAUAUGCGAUCCUAGUAUUAAUCCACAGAUAUAUAGUCCUGCCCAAAUCCAUCCUCAGUAUUAUAUGCCUCCUCCUCUGGAAGGAUAUGCACCGCAUGGAAAUGGGGUUUAUUACUCUCAAUACGAUCCUAACAUGCAGUACGACCCCAACGUGCAGUACUACGUUGAUGCAAAUGGCAACUAUUACACUGACACUAAUCCACAAUACUACGUAGAUCAAAACUUGCAUUACUACCCAGAUCCAAACCAGCAGCCAUUUGAACAUGUACCGCACAAGGCAGAAGUGUACCGAUUCUCUGAUCAGAGCGAACCUGUUUUUUCUGAUCACGUUCAUCCACAAUCGAGAUAUGAGAGUGCACCCCAUAGUGCUGAAACUAUUCAAUCUCCAUUAGAAAGUAUUGUUCCUGCUACUAGCACGAUGCGUGCUGAACACGAUCCUAUUGAUGGUGGACAUGCUACCACACUACCAAUGCCACAAGCACCUGUUUCUUCACACCCUGUAUCACCUAUAAACCAACAUUAA